AUGGAUUCUAAUUUGCUUGAAGAAAUUCAAAAAUUUGAAUGUACAGGAUGCCGACGUACACUUGCAAUAAAUGAAUUCAAUAAUUAUAAGAAUUCUAAUAAGCCCUUUUCAACUUGUAAUAAUUGUCGUAAUACAAACAAAGUAAGCAAACAGCAAACUAAAUUACGUAAAAGAAAAUUGGAAAAUGAAUUCGAUAAGCUAAAAUUAGUUGAAAAUGAAUCCAACAAACUGGAAUUCACUAAAAAUGAGUUUAAUAAACAAGGAUUGGUUGAAGAUGAAUUUGACGAACCAGAAAUAGUUGAAUUGGAUGACUUAUCAGAUUAUUAUAGUCAUUUAUUAAUGCUUCAUAAAGAUGUAAUAAAUGACAAUGAAAAAGAAAAUAUAGAAUUUAAGUUUUUUUGUAAUAUUAAUAUGAUAUCUUUACAGGAAAACUUACAAAAAGAUUUAGUAAAACUUAUUAUUGAUUCUAUUAAAGAUGAAGAAGAAUAUUUAUGGGU